AUGGACGGAGAAAAAGCAUCUUCGUCCUCCGUCAAUGUAACCAUUGCUGAUGAAUGUAAGAUCUUUAAAUUAAAAAAAAUUGAACUGUUGAACUUAAUGCAGUUUUUGGAUGAGGAUAUCAGGAAUGGGUUGGGCAGAGAAACUAACCAUUCCUCUAUGGUUAAGUGUUUCAUCACUUACGUUCAGGAUUUACCAAACGGCACAGAAAGAGGCAAAUUCUUGGCCUUAGACUUGGGUGGCACCAAUUUCCGCGUGCUAUUGAUUGAAUUGGUAGACAAUGGUAAUUACAAAAUGAAAAGUGAUGUCUUCAUAGUUCCCAGUAAGAUCCAAACUGGCAAAGGCACAGAAUUAUUCGAUCAUAUUGCUGAAUGUCUGGCAAAUUUUGUAAAAGAGAACAACUUGGACACAAAAACGGUAUUACCGCUGGGCUUUACGUUUAGUUUUCCACUUAGACAAGUUGGACUUACCAGAGGACAUUUAAUUAACUGGACAAAAGGAUUCGCAUGUUCAGGAGUAGUUGGUGAAGACGUCGUCCAACUACUCAAGGAUGCAAUUAGGAAGAGACGGGACGUAAAGAUUGACGUGGUCGGGAUAUUGAACGACACAACAGGGACUCUGAUCUCGUGCUCUUUUAGAAACCCAAACACCAAAAUUGGACUUAUUGUUGGAACGGGCUGCAACGCGUGUUACGUUGAAAAGGUGGAGAACGCUGAACUUUUCGUGGGCGACCAUUCGAGACCGCAUGUGGUCGUGAACUCCGAGUGGGGCGCGUUCGGGGACGAUGGAAAAUUAGAUGCCGUUCUCACGAAAUACGAUAGGGAGAUCGACGAGGCCUCUUUGAACCCAGGAAAACAACGAUUUGAAAAAAUGAUCAGCGGCCUGUACAUGGGUGAGAUCGUGAGAUUGGCUAUCGUAGACUUGGCCAAUCAAAACAAACUCUUCAAUGGAAGACUGUCCGAACAAAUGAAUACCAAGGGAAUGUUUGAUACUUCAUUCAUGUCCGAAAUUGAAAGAGAUAAAACUAAAGGCUAUACAACUAUAAGGAACCGUUUGAGCAAGAUGGGCAUCAACGACCCAUCCUUGGUUGACUGUGUAAACGUGCAAUAUAUUUGCGAGUGCGUGUCUACUCGGUCAGCGCAUCUGGUGUCCGUCGGCCUAGCCGUGCUUCUCAACAAAAUUGACGAUUCUUUCGUCAAUAUCGGAGUCGAUGGAUCGGUUUAUCGGUUCCAUCCGUUUUUCCGUGACCUAAUAAUCAAAAAAACAAGAGAAUUAAUAAAACCCAACAUUCAAUUUGAAUUGCAACUAUCCACAGACGGAAGUGGGCUUGGUGCAGCCCUGGUCGCAGCUGUAGUUUCACGUGACUAA